UCUCUGCUUCUGUCUCCUUCCUGUCCCUCUCACCGCUCUCUCUGAUUCUCUCCGUCUGGUCCUUCGCCGCCGGUCUCUGGUUGUCUCUGCUCCUACUGUUCUGUUUCGUGUCCCUCGCAGCCGGUCCUUCCUCCCGUGUUUCUGAUUGUUUUGUAUUUCAAUUACAGACAAGAUGAAGAAAACAUGGUGGUUGAUAUUGGUUACGUUUUUAUGCUUGCUUAGCUCAUCUAAUGGUAGAGACUUAAAGGCUAGGGACAAGGUUAAUCUUCCCAAGUACAACCAUACACUUGCUACAAUAUUAGUGCAAUAUGCAUCUGCGGUAUACUUGUCAGAUUUAACAGCGCUUUUUACUUGGACAUGCUCUAGAUGUGAUGGCUUGACUGAGGGAUUUGAAAUUAUAGAGUUGGUGGUUGAUGUUGAGCACUGCUUGCAGGCAUUUGUUGGAGUGGCUGAUGAUCCGCAUGCCAUUAUCAUUGCAUUCAGAGGAACUAAUGAACACAGCUUACAGAACUGGAUAGAAGAUUUAUACUGGAAGCAGCAUGAAAUAAAUUAUCCGGGCAUGGAUGAUGCAAUGGUACACCGUGGAUUUUAUAAUGCAUACCACAACACAACAAUACGUCCCGCAAUUCUGGAUGCUGUCGACAGGGCAAAGAAAUUUUAUGGAAAUAUUCAAAUUAUUGUGCUUGGACAUUCAAUGGGAGGAGCAAUGGCUGCAUUUUGUGGUCUAGAUUUAACGGUGAAUCGAUGUGAAAAGAAUGUUCAGGUUAUGACAUUUGGACAACCCCGAAUUGGAAAUGCUGUUUUUGCAUCCCUGUAUAGCACACUUGUUCCAAAUACGUUGCGUGUGACACAUGACCACGACAUUGUUCCCCAUUUGCCACCAUAUUAUUACUAUUUACCAUCAAAGACAUACCACCAUUUCCCAAGAGAGGUGUGGCUUUAUAACGUUGGAUUAGGAAGUCUGGUAUAUCGGGUUGAGAAGGUUUGUGAUGGAUCUGGUGAAGAUCCAACUUGCAGUAGGUCGGUGAGUGGGAAUAGCAUAUCAGACCACUUGGUAUAUUAUGGUGUUGAAAUGGGAUCAGACGCGCCAGACUCAUGCAGAAUUGUUAUGGGUUCUAAUGAUUCAAGUCCUAGCGUCCAAGAUUCGAGAGGGAACAUUGUCUUGACCAGAGAGCCUGCAAAAUUUGUCCUGAAACUGAGUAGAGAGCUUGACAAUCAAGGAAAGGCCAUUAGUGUUAGUUGAGUUUACAUGGAUUGUCUCUUGUAAGAUAUAUAGGUUUUAAAUGUUAGGUUUGGGGGGUUGGUCGACAUGCUUCCGAAUUCUUCUUUCUUAAAAGGAGUCGCCUGUAAGGAGGAAUUAUUUCAGUGAGAUUAGGUAGGGAUCUUGUACAUUCUCAUCCCUGUAUAUAUGAUUGUUAAUACUUAAUAUUGUUAAUUGUACAAUAAUUAUAAAUUAAAUUCCUUGGUCCGUAAUUUCUUA